AUGACAUCGGCCACGAACCUGUUUGUCUUCUUUGCCUGUAUAGUCAUUGACACACAUGCCAGACUGCAAUACGAAACCACCAACCCUCACGAAUGGAUAGCGUCCGGACCGAAUGAUCUCCGAGGACCUUGUCCGAUGCUCAACACCUUAGCCAACCAUGGAUUCCUUCCUCACGACGGUCGUAACAUCACAAAAGCCAAUGCCAUUGCCGGUCUUAAUGGUGGUCUGAACUUCAACGGGUCACUUGGGGCACUCAUGUGGGAGCAAGCCAUUUUUGCCAAUCCCGAGCCCAAUGCCACCUUCUUCACACUCGAGCAUCUCAAUGUGCACAAUGUGCUGGAACACGAUGCUAGAAUGACUCGGACGGAUGCGUACUUUGGCAAUAACCACGUCUUCAACGAGACGGUGUACAACGCGUCGAGACAAUGGUGGACGGAUGAGACGGUGACGGCGGAGCAGCUGGCGCACAGUAAGCUCUUCCGCCAGAUUGAGAGCCGCGCAUCGAAUCCAUACUAUAAAUUUACCGCGUCGACGGAAGAGUUUAGCCUGGGCGAGGUGGCUGCACCGAUAAUUGCGUUUGGCGAUAUGGGUGCCGGUACGGUUGACCGUGCAUUAAUGGAGUACUUCUUUGAACUGGGAUGGUCGAAGAAGGCGGUUGAAGUUGCGCUUGCGGACAUUCUGAGUGUCACGGACAUGAUUCGAAAUGCAACGAGCCUCAUCACCGGCACGCCAGUAGAGAAAGUUGGAAACCUGAAUGGAGGCCGCGAUCUGCAUGCCGGGUUUGUGGCGCAAAUUUCACGCUUGUCUUAA